GAUGAUUGUUAUCUCAGGAAGACAUGACCACAGCAUGAGACACAGCAGCCUGGGAUUAUUUCUUUGUAUUGGAUUAUGCACGUGUGACUCAAAUGAAGUCCAAAAUUGAAAGCUUGGCUGAAGAAGAAAUAAAGGCAGAGCAGGAGGUGGUGGAAGGGAUGGAUAUCUCCACUCGAUCCAAAGAUCCUGGCUCUGCCGAACGAACUGCACAAAAAAGAAAAUUUCCAAGCCCACCGCACUCUUCCAAUGGUCACUCCCCAGAUGACUCCUCAACAAGUCCUAUUAAAAAGAAAAAGAAACCUGGCUUAUUGAACAGUAGUAAUAAGGAGCAGUCAGAGCUAAGACAUGGUCCGUUUUACUAUAUGAAGCAGCCACUCACCACAGACCCUGUUGAUGUUGUACCGCAGGAUGGACGGAAUGAUUUCUAUUGCUGGGUUUGUCAUCGGGAAGGCCAAGUCCUCUGCUGUGAACUCUGCCCUCGGGUUUAUCAUGCUAAGUGUCUGAAACUGACAGCGGAGCCAGAGGGGGAUUGGUUUUGCCCAGAAUGUGAGAAAAUUACUGUAGCAGAAUGCAUAGAAACACAGAGUAAAGCUAUGACAAUGCUCACAAUUGAACAGCUAUCCUACUUGCUCAAGUUUGCACUACAGAAAAUGAAACAGCCAGGGACAGAGCCAUUUCAAAAGCCAGUUUCACUGGAUCAACAUCCAGAUUAUGCAGAAUACAUCUUUCAUCCAAUGGACCUUUGUACAUUAGAAAAGAAUGUUAAAAAGAAGAUGUAUGGUUGCACUGAAGCUUUUUUGGCUGAUGCCAAAUGGAUUUUGCACAAUUGCAUUAUUUACAAUGGGGGAAAUCAUAAAUUGACGCAAACCGCAAAAGUCAUAAUAAAAAUCUGUGAGCAUGAGAUGAAUGAAAUAGAAGUAUGUCCAGAAUGUUAUUUAGCUGCUUGCCAAAAACGAGAGAAUUGGUUUUGUGAGCCUUGUAGCAAUCCACAUCCGUUGGUCUGGGCUAAACUGAAGGGUUUUCCAUUCUGGCCUGCUAAAGCACUGAGAGAUAAAGAUGGUCAAGUUGAUGCUCGUUUCUUUGGUCAACAUGACAGGGCCUGGGUUCCAGUAAAUAAUUGCUACCUCAUGUCUAAAGAAAUCCCUUUUUCCGUGAAAAAGACUAAAAGCAUAUUCAACAGUGCAAUGCAAGAGAUGGAGGUUUAUGUGGAGAACAUCCGUAGAAAGUUUGGAGUAUUUAAUUAUGCACCUUUCCGGACACCGUAUACUCCCAACAACCAAUACCAAAUGUUGUUAGACCCUUCAAAUCCAGGUGCUGGAACUGCUAAGACUGACAAACAAGAGAAAAUCAAACUUAACUUUGAUAUGACAGCAUCACCCAAGAUCUUAAUGAGCAAACCGAUGCUGAGUAGCAGUACUGGGCGAAGGAUUUCUUUAACAGAUAUGCCACGUUCCCCAAUGAGUACAAAUUCAUCUGUUCACACGGGAUCCGAUGUUGAACAGGAUGCAGAGAAAAAAGCAACCUCCAGCCACUUUAGUGCAAGUGAAGAGUCCAUGGACUUUAUUGAUAAAAGUACAGCAUCUCCAGCACCAACAAGGACAGGCCACGCAGGGAGUUUAUCUGGCAGCCCCAAACCAUUCUCCCCUCAAGCUUCUACACCUUCUGCUACUAAGCAAGAAAGAACAUCCACUCCAGGAAGCAUUCUUAAUCUAAAUCUUGAUCGAAGUAAAGCUGAGAUGGAUCUGAAAGAGUUAAGUGAAUCUGUCCAGCAGCAAUCCACUCCUGUGCCACUGAUUUCACCAAAACGUCAAAUUCGCAGCAGAUUCCAGCUUAAUCUUGACAAGACAAUAGAGAGCUGUAAAGCACAACUAGGGAUCAAUGAAAUCUCUGAAGAUGUUGCGGUAGAGCAUAGCGAUUCAGAGGAUUCUGAAAAAUCAGACUCGAGUGAUAGUGAAUAUAUCAGUGAUGAUGAACAGAAAUCCAAGAACGACCAGGAAGAGGAAGAAAAAGAAGGUUCAAGAAGUGACAAAGAGUCACCGGCUGUGAAAAAAAAACCUAAACCACCAACUCCUACUGAGGAAAAAGAGGACAUUAAAAAUACCAGUUCGGAAGUGGAGAAAACAGAGGCGCCGGUCAAAGACAAGACAAAUGUAGAUUCCGAUAAAGAGCUUUCUGAAAAGGGGAAAAGUUUGUCACAUCCAACAAAGGAGAAGCUGAAAGGUAAAGAGGAGACAGACUCUCCUACUGUGCAUCUUGGUCUGGACUCGGAUUCAGAAAGUGAACUUGUUAUUGACCUAGGGGAAGACCAAUGUGGACGUGAGGGGCGGAAAAACAAAAAAGAACUGAAGGAAUCACCUCCUAAGCAAGAAGUUGCUGCUAAAAAAAACCCUUCCUCGAGUGUGAGCAGUCAGCCUCCAGCGGAAACACAGGUACUUACUCGGUCAGCAUCCCAGACUCCUCCAGCUGGUGUCACAGCUACAACAAGCACAACUUCUGCUGUGAGCACUCCAGUUGCAGCCACCGGGAGCCCAGUGAAAAAGCAGAGGCUGCUUUUGCCAAAAGAAACUGCCCCUGCUGUGCAGAGGGUUGUGUGGAAUUCUUCAAACAAAUUUCAGACUUCUUCCCAGAAAUGGCACAUGCAAAAAGUGCAAAGGCAGCAACAGCAGCAGAGUCAGCAACAACAGCCCCAGUCCUCCCAAGGAACGAGAUACCAGACAAGGCAGGCAGUGAAAGCUGUACAGCAAAAGGAAAUUACUCAAAGUACUUCAACAUCAACGAUCACCUUGGUUACAAGCACUCAGCCUGUUUCUAUAGUAACCAGUUCUGGAUCAGCAAGUACACUUUCAUCCUCAGUCAAUUCAGACUUGCCAAUAGCAACAGCUUCAGCAGAUGUGGCUGCAGAUAUUGCUAAGUAUACUAGUAAAAUGAUGGAUGCCAUAAAAGGAACAAUGACGGAAAUAUACAAUGACCUUUCGAAAAAUACCACUGGAAGUACAAUUGCUGAGAUUCGUCGUUUGAGAAUUGAAAUAGAGAAGCUUCAGUGGUUACAUCAGCAGGAACUCUCAGAAAUGAAACACAACCUGGAACUCACAAUGGCUGAAAUGCGACAGAGUUUAGAACAGGAGCGAGAUCGCUUGAUUGCGGAAGUGAAGAAGCAGCUAGAGCUGGAAAAGCAGCAAGCUGUGGAUGAAACCAAGAAGAAGCAGUGGUGUGCCAACUGCAAGAAAGAAGCCAUUUUCUACUGUUGCUGGAACACCAGCUACUGUGACUACCCUUGUCAGCAAGCUCACUGGCCAGAACAUAUGAAAUCCUGCACCCAGUCAGCCACUGCAACGCAGCAAGAAACGGAUACUGAAAUUAGCACAGAAACAUUAAAUAAAUCAUCGCAGCCUUCUUCCAGUGCACAGCCUUCACCUGCAGAAACUGCCAGUACUCCAAAAGAAAAAGAGACAGCUGUAGAAAAGAACAAGGAGAGUGUUACAAUAGCAACAGGUGUGACAAGCAGCCAGCCUGUAAAACUGGUCCAGGUACCGCAGACCACCACCUAUAUUCCAACUACUCAACCCACAAUUACCAUUCCUGUGGUAGUCAGCCCUACAGCUGGGACUGUGGCAAUGAGAACGGGAGUUCAGUAUGUUCAGACGACAAUGCCUGUCCAAGUACGAAGAGUCUAACAACUAACAAAGGAGUCCAGGCAACUGCUGGAAUAAAUAAUAAUCUUUGUAAUAGAAAUGUGGAAAAAAAUCCCCACAAUUCUUUGGAUUAACCUCAAAGGUUCAGACUUUUUAGCUUUGUAUGUGUGUACAAAGCGUUUAAUUACACUACAUUAAUGUGAAGCAUUAGCCAUGGCUUUAAAAAGCUUCCGGACUGAUUAAAAUCCAUGGUCAAUCUAUGCUUCAGUUGUAAAUUAUGUAAAAUUUGUGGAUGAUGUUAGAGUACCAUCUCCUUUUUAUAUUUGUAUUGACUUCAGCGUAUGAGGAGUGUUGGAAGUUGGUGAUGGAAAGGUUAAAUCACAAACAACAGCGAGAGAAAUGGUCUUCUGGGAACUGCAGUUGCACAUAAAUCAUUCAUCCUCUUUAGGAUCUAAGAAAGAGCAGACUGUGAACCACUCAACUUGCCUUUGGAAAUGAAAACA